GCGUUAUGUCUGGUUCCAAUCUGAUAUCAGCAGAAUGCAUUACACCCAUUCGUCGUUAAAACGUACACGUAUCUCACGUCUGUUUGAAUAAUACCGCAACAAGGUAGGCAACAGAGUUUGGCCCCAGUGAGCCUUUCCGCUCUAAAGUCCAGGAUGCGAAGAAGAAGGAAUCGUUCAGCGGAUGGAUUGGAAAGAAGUUCUUUUUUAAACCCUUGGAUCGCCUUGAUCCGGAACGAUCAUAGACGGGAACGUAUUUGUUUUGGAUAACUGUAGUAGAGACACUUGCAAUAAUUACAGAGAUGAACGGAGACUGCAGAGGGAUCACCAACACAUUUAUUUUGGUUUUGUGGCAAGUUUGCAAUGUGUGCAUGUCUGUAUUUUUCGCUCUUGCAGCCUAUGUACAGAUAAAUGAUCCCGACGCAGGGCUGUGGAUGGUUGGAUACGCCGUUCCUGCAACUCUUUGUAUGACUAUCGGGCUGAAACCCCAGGUGACAGAAUGGUUGGCGUGGAGGAAGAUUGCUGAUCUCCACGUGAUGGUUUCAACCUCCGUGCUGGGCAUGUUGGGUUGGACCUUAUAUAGAGAACGCAUCACCAAUUUGUUCCAGCAAGAGGAGGGGAGAGAAUUUUCCGGACUAGUGCUGACUGUAAUCUGGCUUCUGUUGUGUCGCCACUCCGGAAGGGGGCCUGUUGGAAUUCUGCGAGUGUCCACUGCCACAGCCAUCACAGCCUUCCCCUUUGUAGCGUGGAUGUACUACUACCACAACAAGGAGCUCACAGCCAACUGGCCCUCGCACUGUCAGACGGCCAUCUAGAGCCCACCCCCCUGCCUGUUUACUUUUUAUAUAAUAUACGACUCUUAAUCAAGGCGAUCAUGGACUUUCAAAACAACAUUGGGACAUUAAACUGUUCUUCUCUAAA